AUGAACCCGCUCCUCCCACUCCCGCUCCCAACCCCGCCGCCAGGUCUCCGUCCCGCCCCGCAGCUCUUUGGCUGGGGCCUCGGGGACGCAGGACAGCUUGGGCUAUCCCUGGAUCUGGCUGAGAACAUUCCCAUCAUUCGUAAACCAAGGUGCAACCGUUACGUAGAACAGAAGAUGGCGGAGAACGCGCUUGGUGGCGUUGGUGCGGGACUAGAGACGGUCGCCGCAGGCGGGAUGCACUCGCUCAUGGUAGAUGAAACGGGAACGGUGUGGUCAUGCGGCGCGAACGACAAUGCUGCGCUCGGCCGAGUCACCAUACACACGACCGAUCCUGCAGAACCCUCCCGAAUAUUGGAAAUAGACGAGUCCACACACCUGCCGAACACUGUGCCCGUACCCAUUCAAAGCCUCGUCAAUGAGCGCUUUCGUGCGGUCAAAGUGGUCGCGGGCGACAGCAUCUCCGCCGCAAUCAGCGACACGGGCGCGCUGCGCGUCUGGGGCACCUUCCGAGGCGAACAAGGCCCCGUGGGCUUCUCCCCCAACACAAUGCACCAGUUCACACCCACCCUCCUUCCCGCCCUCGCAGGUGUGAAGAUCGUCGCCGCCGCCGCAGGGAACGACCACCUGCUCCUGCUCACGGCGCAGGGCAGCGUGUACACGAUGGGCUCGGGCGCGCACGGCCAGCUCGGCCGGCGCGUGCUCGACUGGCACAGAGCGCACGGGACCGCGCCGCGCCGCAUCGUGCUCGGGCGCGUCACCCAGCCCGCCGUCGCGGUCGGCGCGGGGGAGAACCACGCCUUCGCCGUCGACGCCGCGGGGACGGUCUGGGGGUGGGGCAUCAACGCCAGAGGCCAGACAGGCACGGGCUACCGCGGCGCUGCCGACCAGGUCGUCGCGGCGCCGCGCAGGGUGCGGCGCCUGGACAGGGCGGCGCUGGGCGGGGCGACGGUCGUCCAGAUCGCGGGCGGGAGCCACCACACGCUGUUCCGCACGUCGGACGGGCGGGUGUACGCGUGUGGGAUCGCGGACGAGGGGCAGCUGGGCCUCGCAGACGACGAUCCUGCGUUCGCGGACCGCGCGUUCCCCGGCUUCCUCCCUGAGCCGGCGCGUGUGGCGUUCCCAGACGCGGAUGACCCGGUCGUGCACAUAGCUUGCGGCACGAACAACAACCUGGCUAUCACUAGAGAUGGCGCGAUGUACGCGUGGGGUAGACAGGUAGUCGGCGAGCUUGGCUUAGGGCAUGACGAGGACGUGAAGACGCCCACUGUCGUCGUGAGACGAGUAGGCAACUCGUGGGCUGCUGUCGACGCUGCGUGUGCAGGACAGCAUGCGCUCGCUCUACUCCGUAGACGAACGUGA